CGUUCGAGUUUCUGCGUCGGCGUAACGAUAUAGAGUCGUAGUUGGCUAGUUGGACCUUGAAGGGUAUUUUGAUCGUACCUUAUUACGGCGUAGAGACGUAACUCGUUCUUUAUUGUGAAUCAUUUGUGCGAUAUAUUAUUUAUUUAUUGAUUUUGUGAUAUAAAUUGCUUGGUUUUUUUUAAAUUGUGUAUAUAAAAACGACGUAAACAUGUUCAGCGGAAUCGCAGGCGCGUUCCGAAGCAUCGGCGAAAAGACGGCGUCCCUUUUCGAACGCAAGAAGAAGGACGCAGAACAGAUGGCGCAGGAGAAGGCUGACGAUGCGGCGCAAGUGGUCGAAGGUCAGGUGAAGAAAGCUGGGGAGCUGAUUGGCGGAGCGUCGCAAGCAGCUGAGGGAGCAGCUAACUCUGCUGCCAAUGCCAAGAACUCUGCUAUUGAUGCUCUCGACAAGGAGCUGUCGAAGGUAUCCUUAGCAGCAGGUGAAGCCAAGGAUGCAGCCAACAGAGCCGUCGCUGAUGGCAAGAAGGUCGUCGACACUACUAGAGAUACAAUCGCAACAACGGUAGACAACACAAAGAAGGCAGCAGAGUCGGCAGUGAACACUGCAAAAGAUACUGUCAGUAGCACAUUUGACAAUACAGCGAGUGCCGCCCAAUCUGCGGUCGAUACAGGCCGGAGUUACGUCGACAGCGCAAAAGAUAAAUUUCACGGCACAGUUGAAAGUACAAAAACAGCCGCCCAAUCGGCUUAUGAUGCUGGAUUGGGGUACGCCAGUAGUGCUAAAGAUACUGUUACCAGCACAAUUCAAAGUAAUGUAGAUAAUACACAAAAAGUUGCAAAAACGACAGCUGAUGCCGGCAUUGGAUAUGCCGCUGCAGCCAGAGAUUCAGCUCAGAGCUCCUUUCAUACAGCAAUGGAUACUGCAUACUCAGCCUUUGACAUCGGCAAAUCUUAUUUAGAUAGCGCUAAAGAUACGGUAGCAAACACUGUAGAUAGUACAAAGAAAGCUGCUCUAAGCACUAUCGAAACAGGCAAAUCGUACGUCGAUUCAGCCAAAGAUUCCGUACAAAGUACAUUUCAAAGCACUGUAGAUAAUACUAAAAAUGCAGCUCAGUCAGCUGCCGAUACAGGAAAGAGUUAUGUUGACUCAGCUAAAGAUACUGUGUCGAAUAGUGUGCACGCCGCUUUAGAUGUUACUAAACAUGUCGCAACGUCUGCUAUAGAGAAAGGGUCUUCGUUUAUUGAAAACACUAGAGAUUCUGUGGCAAACACAGUUCAAAGCACUGUAGAUACAACUAAAAAUGUUGCUGCAUCCGCUAUAGAAAAGGGCACAUCACUUGUAGGCACAGCUAAAGACACUGUCGCUAGCACAGUACAAAGCACUGUAGAUACAAGUAAAAAUAUCGCUACCACCGCUGCCCAAAAAGGCACGUCUCUUGUAGACACCGCUAGAGAUACACUAUCAAAUACUAUUCAAAGUACUGUAGACACUACUAGAAAUGUUGCCGCAUCAGCUUAUGAUAAAGGUGCCUCGCUAGUGGGAACAGCCAAAGAUACAAUAACGGGCACUGUAGAUGAUACAAAAAAUGUAGCUACAUCGGAAAUUGAUAAAGGCACGUCGUAUAUAGGAACUGCUAGAGAUACUGUAGCAAACACAUUUCAAAGUACUUUAGAUACAACCAAAAAUGCCGCUACGUCUGCUUAUGAGAAAGGCGCGUCACUUGUAGGAACGGCUAAAGAUUCAGUAACAGGCAGUGCAGAUGCAACCAAAAAUGUAGUUACUUCCGGUGUUGAUAAGGGUACAUCGUAUUUAGGAACCGCGAAAGAUUCCGUAGCGAACACAUUUCAAAAUACUUUAGAUAGUACUAAAAGUGUGGCUGCAUCUGCUUACGAUAAAGGCGCUUCGCUGGUAGGAGCGGCUAAAGAUACAGUAACGGGCACUGUAGAUGAUACCAAAAACGUUGUUACGUCGGGUGUUGAUAAAAGUUCAUCGUAUUUAGGAGCUGCUAAAGAUUCAGUAGCGAACACAUUUCAAAGCACUUUAGAUAGCACUAAAAGCGUCGCUGCAUCUGCUUAUGAUAAAAGUGCGUCGCUAGUCGGAGCGGCCAAAGAUACAGUAACGGGCACUGUAGAUGAUACCAAAAAUGUUGUUACAUCAGGAGUUGAUAAGGGUUCAUCGUAUUUAGGUUCAGCCAGAGAUUCUGUUGCGAACACAUUUCAAAGCACUUUAGAUAGCACUAAGAGUGUCGCUGCAUCCGCUUACGAUAAAAGUGCUUCGCUGGUAGGAGCGGCCAAAGAUACCGUAACGGGCACUGUAGAUGAUACCAAAAAUGUUGCUACAUCAGGAGUUGAUAAGAGUACAUCUUAUUUAGGAGCUGCUAGAGAUUCUGUAGCGAAUACAUUUCAAAGCACUAUAGAUGGUACUAAGAAUGUCGCUGCGUCUGUUUACGAUAAAGGUGCUUCGUUAGUAGGAGCGGCCAAAGAUACAGUAACGGGCACUGUAGAUGAUACCAAAAAUGUAGUUACAUCAGGAGUUGAUAAAGGCACAUCGUAUUUAGGGUCUGCGAGAGAUACUGUUACGAGCACAGUUCUAAAUACAGUAGAUGCCACUAAAAAUGUAGCCGUAUCAGCUUAUGAAAAAGGCAGUUCUGCUGUAGGAAGUGCUAAAGAUUCCGUAACAGGCACGGUACAAAGUACUGUAGAUGCCACAAAAAAUGCCGCAGCCUCUGCCAUAGAUAAAGGCAGCUCUUUAGUAGGAGCUGCUAGAGAUACAGUGGCUAAUACAGUUCAAACUUCAGUUGACACUACUAAAAACGUAGCAGCUUCAGUUAUUGACAAAGGCACAUCAUUAAUAGGCACCGCUAAAGAUACAGUAGCAAGCAGUGUAAAGAAUACUAUAGAUACAACUAAAAGUGUCGCUGGGGCCGUUGUCGAUAAAAGUGCCUCUCUAGUUGGAACAGCGAAAGACACAAUAACAAGCACAUUUUCUAACACACCAGACGAACCCGAAGAAGAGACUGGUGGAGUUCUCCAAACAGCUAAAGAUAAAAUUCAAACUACAACUAAGUCCGCAAGUGACUCGACUAAAGCCGCCACGGAUGUGUGUAAGAAGAUAGGUGGCAAAUCUGCCGAUACUAUCAACACAACAGUAGACUCGACAAAGAAGGCGGCAGAAGACGCCAAGGAGAGGGCCAGGGCUGCUGCUGAGGCUGCCAGAGAUGAAGCCAAGAGGGUGGCCAAUGCUGCGGUGGAAGAAUCCAAGAAAGCGGCAGAAAAGGCGGCCUCAGACGCCAGCAAUGCUGUCCACAGCACGAUCGACAACACCUUCAAGAGGGUCGAGAAUGCCGCCGAUGAGGGACUUAAGAAUGCCGGUAAUGUGGUAGACUCCAAGAUCAAGGAUACCGACAAAUACCUCAGCGAGAAAAGAGACACAUUGGUAUCAAACCUGUCUUCAGCAGCGCAUGAUGGCGCAGAAAACGCCUCGGGACUCCUUAGCAAAGGGUUAUCUGCUUUCCCCAAGUAGAGAGCCGUUGCCGGUGUCUGCACAUUGAAUUUCUCUUAUUGUGGAAGCGAACAGUAUGGCCACCAUACGAAUAAUCAGAUCAAUUUAUUAUUAAAAUAAAUAUUUAUGUAUCUGUAUUUCGUAUUUAUGAACCACGAAAUAUUGUAUUAUGCUAGCUGCUACUCGGCAUUGCUGUAGGAAAAUUUGAUUGGUACAAAAAUGUAAUAUAAUCACCCAUAGACAUAGAACACGAGCGCCAUAUAUGGUUAUAUAUAAC